GAUCGGAGAUGGAUGUCUCUCUUUGCCCAGCCAAGUGUAGUUUCUGGCGGAUUUUCUUGCUGGGAAGCGUCUGGCUGGACUAUGUGGGCUCGGUGCUGGCUUGCCCUGCAAAUUGUGUCUGCAGCAAGACUGAGAUCAAUUGCCGGCGGCCGGACGAUGGGAACCUCUUCCCCCUCCUGGAAGGGCAGGAUUCAGGGAACAGCAAUGGGAACGCCAGCAUUAACAUCACGGACAUCUCAAGGAAUAUCACUUCCAUACACAUAGAGAACUGGCGAGGCCUGCACACGCUCAACGCUGUGGACAUGGAGCUCUACACGGGACUUCAGAAGCUGACCAUCAAGAACUCUGGACUCCGGAACAUUCAGCCCAGAGCCUUCGCCAAGAAUCCCCACUUGCGUUAUAUAAACUUGUCAAGUAACCGGCUCACCACGCUCUCCUGGCAGCUCUUCCAGACGCUGAGUCUUCGGGAAUUGAGACUGGAGCAGAACUUCUUCAACUGCAGCUGCGACAUCCGCUGGAUGCAGCUGUGGCAGGAGCAGGGGGAGGCCCGGCUGGACAGCCAGAGUCUUUACUGCAUCAGUGCCGAUGGCUCCCAACUCCCUCUCUUCCGCAUGAACAUCAGUCAGUGUGAUCUCCCUGAGAUCAGCGUGAGCCACGUCAACCUGACCGUCCGAGAAGGAGACAAUGCUGUGAUCACUUGCAAUGGCUCUGGUUCCCCCUUGCCUGACGUGGACUGGAUAGUCACUGGGCUGCAGUCCAUCAACACCCACCAGACCAAUCUGAACUGGACUAACGUACACGCCAUCAACUUGACCCUGGUGAACGUGACAAGCGAGGACAACGGCUUCACCCUGACGUGCAUUGCGGAGAACGUGGUGGGCAUGAGCAAUGCCAGCGUUGCUCUCACUGUCUACUACCCUCCACGCGUGGUGAGCCUGGUGGAGCCCGAGGUACGUCUGGAGCAUUGCAUUGAGUUUGUGGUGCGUGGCAACCCAACCCCCACGCUGCACUGGCUGUACAAUGGGCAGCCCCUGAGGGAGUCCAAGAUCAUUCACAUGGACUACUACCAGGAGGGUGAGGUCUCCGAGGGCUGCCUGCUCUUCAACAAGCCCACCCACUACAACAAUGGCAACUACACCCUCAUUGCUAAGAAUGCCCUGGGCACAGCCAACCAGACCAUCAAUGGCCACUUCCUGAAGGAGCCCUUUCCAGAGAGCACAGAUUUCUUUGACUUUGAUUCUGAUGUGAGCCCCACACCCCCUGUCACUGUGACCCACAAACCAGAGGAAGACACUUUUGGGGUAUCCAUAGCGGUCGGACUUGCUGCCUUUGCCUGCGUCCUUCUGGUGGUUCUCUUCAUCAUGAUCAACAAGUAUGGUCGCCGGUCCAAAUUUGGAAUGAAGGGUCCCGUGGCCGUCAUCAGUGGUGAGGAGGACUCAGCCAGCCCACUGCACCACAUCAACCAUGGCAUCACCACACCUUCGUCGCUGGACGCUGGGCCGGACACAGUGGUCAUUGGUAUGACCCGCAUCCCAGUCAUUGAGAACCCCCAGUACUUCCGUCAGGGACACAAUUGCCACAAGCCAGAUACAUAUGUCCAGCACAUCAAGAGGAGAGACAUCGUGUUGAAGAGAGAACUGGGCGAGGGAGCCUUUGGAAAGGUCUUCCUGGCUGAGUGUUACAAUUUAAGCCCCACCAAAGACAAGAUGCUCGUGGCAGUGAAGGCCCUGAAGGAUCCUACCUUGGCUGCCAGGAAGGAUUUCCAGAGGGAGGCUGAGCUGCUCACGAACCUGCAGCAUGAACAUAUUGUCAAGUUCUAUGGGGUGUGUGGUGAUGGGGACCCACUCAUCAUGGUCUUUGAAUACAUGAAGCAUGGAGACCUUAACAAGUUCCUCAGGGCCCAUGGGCCAGAUGCGAUGAUCCUCGUGGAUGGGCAGCCACGCCAGACCAAGGGGGAGCUGGGGCUCUCGCAGAUGCUCCACAUCGCCAGUCAGAUCGCCUCGGGCAUGGUGUACCUGGCCUCGCAGCACUUCGUGCACCGGGACCUGGCCACUAGGAAUUGCCUGGUUGGAGCUAACCUACUGGUGAAGAUUGGUGAUUUUGGCAUGUCCAGGGAUGUUUACAGUACUGAUUACUACAGGCUCUUUAAUCCAUCUGGAAAUGAUUUUUGUAUAUGGUGUGAGGUAGGAGGACACACCAUGCUCCCCAUCCGCUGGAUGCCUCCUGAAAGCAUCAUGUACCGGAAGUUCACCACAGAGAGUGAUGUGUGGAGCUUUGGGGUUAUCCUGUGGGAGAUCUUUACCUAUGGGAAGCAACCAUGGUUCCAGCUCUCCAACACAGAGGUCAUUGAGUGCAUCACCCAAGGCCGCGUCUUGGAGAGACCCCGAGUCUGCCCAAAAGAGGUAUAUGACGUCAUGCUGGGGUGCUGGCAGAGGGAGCCUCAACAGCGGCUGAAUAUUAAAGAUAUCUACAAAAUCCUCCAUGCUUUGGGGAAGGCCACCCCAAUCUACCUGGACAUCCUCGGCUAGUAGGACUGGUGGCCAAGCAUUUAUACUCUGUUGCCUCCUCUCUCCCUGCCUCAUAUCCACUUUUUCCUCAUCUCAACUCCUUUCUUCCAGCUUUGACUGAAAUGAACAUCUUCAUAUAAAUUCAAGUGCCUGCUACACAUACAACACUGAAUUAAAAAACAAAACAAGAGAAAGAAACCCUGUAAGGCAGUUUGACAUAUAUAUUUAUAUAUAUAUAAAAAACUAUCUAUCUAUCUAUCUAUAUCUACAGAGAAUUACCUUCUCUAAUACAUAGAGACGCUGCUGAUACAGAAAAACCAUAAGACAUUAACAACUGAGAAACAUUUUAAAUAUUAUUAUUAACACAAAUGAAAUUCCCUUGACUUAAGCUGUGGCCAUGCUUCUUCAGCCCUGGCUUUCCAGAGCUCUUCGUCUUGACAGGCAGAGAGGGAGGAUGGGAGGAAGGCACGGUGACGCACAAUCAUCCAUGCGCAUGCGUGACCCAUUGGCGGUGCUUGGCAAGGAAACAAUUCUGAAGUCCAGGCCCUUUGGAAAUAUCUCUGGCCUGCCUGGACCUUCGCCUCCACUCUCCUCCCCCUUUCUUCUUCUUUGGGGGGCAGUUUUCUAAUUUUUUUCCAUUCUACAAAUAUAUAGUCCUGAUGAUUUUGGGAAUCAGCGAUGACACCUACCUACGAGUAAAUACUGAACAAAAGCCAACACCAGAUCCCACAAGAGCAAAGCCAUCCACGGCCCGGUUAAAUGCCGAGCAUGUCAGGGCGGGGGACUCUGGGAAGAGCAAACCCCAACCUUCUGGAUGUAAAUCACGCUCAAGUUCCUUACUGGGUUUGAAGCGAUUUGAUCCUCUGAACCUGAAGAACUGGAAUUGGUGGAUUUAAAGACUCGAACGGCGGAAGUAAAAACAGUUGAGAAUCCUAUCAAGGCAUUACCACUCACCUUUCCAUCACUGGGAAGACUCUUUGGCCUGUCCUUGCCUCUUCAUGCCCUUGGGGAGUUGGGAGGUUUCGAGUCCAUAUUCUCUGGGGUCGUCUCUUAAUGUGGACAUAGAGGCUUCGGGGCUUCGGGAUUUGCUUAUUUGCUUGUAGAUCAUAAUUAGGCGUCCCCUUGGAUCUUAUUUUCUUAUCUCAUUCGCCCCACAUCCUGAGGUUCUCUCGAGUCCUGGGUAAACCCCAUUGCCAGGGAAGGAAUCCAGCCAAGAGCCUGAGGCAUGUGUGUUUCGAGGAGCCAGACACUGGCAUUGGCAAAAGCCAGCAGAGAAUCUACUUGGCACCUGCGUUGGGCCCUUGGCAUUCUCCUCACGUUUUAAGCCCUUGGAAGGAUUGAUGCAUCUGCCUUUGA